CUCGACGGCAACUACCGCUCCGGCGGCAUCGCCGUCGUCGAUUCCCUCCGCACCCUCAUAGACGGCUGCUACAUCGUCCACUUCUCCACCGACGGCAUCUGGAUCAAAGACGGCCACGAAACCUUCAUAACCAAUUCCUUUCUCGGUCAACACAUCACCGCCGGCAGCGAUCCCGGCGAGCGUAACUUCUCCGGCAACGCCAUCCGCCUCUUCGCCAACGACAAUACCGUCGCCGACGUCGUCAUUUUCUCCGCCGCUAUUGGAAUUCUCGUCGCCGGUCAGGCCAACCUCAUCGCCGGCGUUCACUGCUACAACAAGGCCACCGGUUUCGGCGGGACCGGAAUCUAUUUGAAGUUACCGGGUCUGACGCAAAACCGAAUCGUGAACUGUUAUUUGGAUUACACGGGUAUCGUGUCGGAGGACCCGGUUCAGCUUCUCGUGUCGGGUUCGUUCUUCUUAGGGGACGCUAACGUGGUGCUGAAAUCGGUCAACGGGGUGAUGAACGGAGUCGCCGUCGUUGACAAUACGUUUGCGGGGAGUGGGAAUGGGGUGGAGAUCGUGGGAUUGGAUGAGACAGGUGGAGCGUUUAGGACCGUCGAUCAGGUGGUGGUGGGGAGGAAUAGUGUGAAGGGGAUGACGGUGAGAUCGACGGCUGCAACAGCGGCGAAGGAGGGGAAUGGGACGGUAUGGACCGUCGAUUUUUCAAGGGUGUUGUUGAUUCCGAACCGGAUUGAUCAGGUGCAGUACACGAUGCAGACCGGGUCGGGUUUUCCGAACCAUGCUUUGAGGAACGUGUCGGGAAAUCAGGUGGUGAUCGAGUCUGAUCGAGCGGUGCAGGGCACGGUGUACGUGGCGGUGAGCCAAUGCGAAAGCAGCAUGGCUUGAUCGUUUUUUUUAUUUAUUUAUUUAAUUUGAAUUAUUUUUAUUAUUGGGUAAUUUUUAUUAGCUGCUCCUUGCACGCAAAGGGGUAAAUCAAAGUCUAGGGAUGUUAUAAGCAUGGAUUUAUUGAUCACUAU